CUAUCAUUCUCUCUCUCACACACACGCGUGUAUAGUCCAUGGCUUCCGCUUCACUCACCAGCGCCUUAUCGCGCCUCUCUCUCUUCCGAUUCACCACCAAACCCUCUCUUUCAUCUUCACUCCCAUUCUCCCUCGCCCCCAAAACCAAGGAGCUGAAUCGAUUCCGGUUGUUCUCGAUGGCUUCGGAACCCAAGGAAUCGCCGGCCAACAAUCCCGGCCUCCAGGCAACCCCAGAUGAGGCCACCAAGGGUUACUUCAUGCAACAAACCAUGUUUCGAAUUAAGGAUCCUAAAGUGAGCGUCGACUUUUAUUCUCGCGUCCUGGGCAUGUCGUUACUUAAGAGGCUGGAUUUCCCUGAAAUGAAGUUUAGCUUGUACUUUCUGGGCUAUGAGGAUCCAGCAUCUGCCCCAAGUAACUCAGUUGAUAGAACAGUUUGGACCUUCAGUCAGAAGGCUACAAUUGAGCUAACACAUAAUUGGGGGACUGAAAGCGAUCCUGAAUUUAAAGGAUACCACAAUGGGAAUUCAGAACCUCGUGGCUUUGGACAUAUUGGCAUCACUGUUGAUGACACAUACAAGGCAUGUGAAAGAUUUGAGCGCCUGGGAGUGGAAUUUGUAAAGAAACCAGAUGAUGGAAAAAUGAAAGGGAUAGCAUUUAUUAAGGAUCCUGAUGGCUAUUGGAUUGAGAUCUUUGACCUUAAAUCUAUUGGCACCAUUACUGCUGGUGCUGCGUAAGAUAAUGCCACUGAAACUUCAGGAAAAGUGGGGGAGGGCUUCAGAUACCUUAUUAUGAUGUUCUCUCAUCUAUUUUCCCUUGAUACCACUUUAGAGGUAUGCUUCAGUAAUGAGAUUUGUUGGAAGAACUCGGUGCCUUGUAAUUCGCUUCUUCUAUUUGCCAUUGAAGACUAUUUUGAGUGACUAUCAUGUAAGUUUUGCUGGAAACGUGGAAGGAAGUACCAUUGUUUUCUGUUCUA